UCCGGCCCGCCUCGUUUUUUCAACAAAAGCACGAACCCUACCCUCCUUAUCUUUCAUCGUCUUCUACCUACCGCCUUCUAUACACGCUCAGAUCUACAUAAAAUUUCUUCAAAUUUCCCCAAAUUUCUUGUCGUAAUCUCUAGAUCUGGCACCGAUCUGCUUAAGCCCCAAUUUUUUCUAGCGAUUAACCCCAAAAUCAACCCAACCCAUCAAGCUCGUACAUUCUAGGGUUUCGGUUCCUAAUCAGCCCUUUUUGUCCUCGAAUCCUCCAAUUUCUUACGAUUUCCGAAUCGGAUUAUCGAGAUCUAUCUUUCCCCUCUCAAAUUUGGUCCUGAUUUUGGGGAAUUCUGACCCUUUGAAUUUCUAGGGUUUCGUAAAUUUCAUGUCGUUGGGGUUUGGUCCUAUUGUGUAAAUUUGUAUAGGGGUUUUUUUCCUUGCGCUGUUGUAUAGCUUUUGCAUAUAUUUUUUGUGAAUCCUUUCAUAUAUUCGUUCGCCAAUUGCGAACCUAGGGUUAGGGUUUCUGAAAAAAAAAUCAACCUUUGAAUUUUGUCAAAUUAGAUUGGGGAUACGAUUCAUAAGGUCGAUUGAUUGAUUCUUGUGUAUCAAUUGGUGGUCAAUCAUAUCAAUUGAGCUCUCAGUCAUCUCUGUUUCAUCUUCCCGCCCUAUUUGUAUAGAUUGAUAUGGGAGUCAAGAGGCCUUUUGAUGAUGUGGAUUUCAAGGAGCUUCCUUAUAAGCAUUCAAGGCAGCUUGAUUGCAGUGACAAGUCUUCUCCAUUGUCUAAUGUUGUUUCUUUUUAUAGUGCGCCCGAAAAACCAUAUGUUUCAGGUGAGGAUGGGGAUGGCCUUUGUAAAUCUCAGUGGCUUGGGCCCAUACUAGAAAAGUAUAAUGUUGAUAAAGAUUCAACAGCUCUCAGUGAAGGUUGUGUGAAGAAUGCUACCUCUGCAUUUGUAGCAAGUUUUCGUGGUGAAGAAGAAGCUGGUUCUUGUGGACAAGGUGCUUAUCCUCCUCAUGCAGAGUAUUUUGAAUAUGAAUACCCGAGGAGAGCAUUUGUUCCUCUCAAUGAUGAUUACUCUUCUUUAUUGGAUCGCUCUCCAAGAAAACAAGUUCCUAUUGGGCCAAAUUAUCAAGCAAGUAUUCCAUCAUGGAGUGGACACUCCAAAAAGUUGAAUCAAGAAGAUGGGGGUUAUAUCAACCACCACUCCUUACAGUUAACAACUGAGUAUGACGUUGACGAAAUGCUUUUGGGAACUACUGUUAUUCCAAUGUCUGACGUGCACGUGUCAGCUCUAGAGUGCAAUAAGGUGGGACAGGGGCGGAAAAAUUGUAAAUGCAUAGACUCAGGGACCUACAGGUGUGUUCAGCAGCAUAUCAUAGAAGCGCGAAAAGAACUUAAAAGGACUCUUGGAAAUGAAAAGUUUGUGAAGUUGGGUUUUCGUGACAUGGGAGAGGAAGUAGUAGCACUAAGAUGGAGUGAUAAAGAAGAACAAGCUUUUCAUGAUGUUGUUUACUCCAAUCCUGCAUCAUUGGGUAGAAAAUUUUGGAAGCAUUUGUCUGCGGUAUUCCCUUCUCGAAGUGAAAGGGAACUAGUCAGCUAUUACUUUAAUGUGUUCAUGCUUCGUAGGCGGGCUGUUCAAAACAGAUCUAUUAUUUUAGAAAUAGACAGUGAUGAUGAUGAGUGGCAUGGAAGCUAUUGGGGUGCCAAUGGUGGUACGGUUGCAGAAGAUGAUGAAGACUCUGUUGUUGACUCUGUUGAGGAUGGUCAACCAGUGGGCCCUAGAGGGUACUCUGAAGAAGAUGAUAGUGAUGAUGAUGACAGUGAUGGUGAUGAUUAUGUGGGAUAUGGUGAAGAUGGUGGAAUGGAUCAUAUAAGAGGAGAAUCAUACAGGUGGAAAUUGGUUAAUGAGGCAAAAAGAGAUACUAUAUCUCAGAAUGGGGAGAAGAUUCCUGGGUGUUAUGGGGAGGAAUUUGGUUAUCUAGAUGAUUCAUGUGUAUCUUUUGAGUUUCAGCCCUAUAUGCAUGAUUCUUGUGGUCGAAUGGAUGCUGAGCCUGCUGCUGGUGGUUUACAAGGCACUGGAUUCAAGGAUGAUCCUACCCGAAACUUGCAUAGCCAAGAUGAUGCAUCUAGUGAUGUAGUGGGUCAUGGAUAUCUGUUGGAGCCUUGUGACGCCAAAGUUUGGGAUGCUAGGAUCCCAACGGAUCCCAUGAAAGCUAUUGAUCUUCUACCCACAUGGAGCAUGAUUGAGGACAUAUUUGAUUAAGGCAUUGGGACGACCAGAAGGCACCAGCUAGUGGGUAGUAAUGGACAGUUGGCAAUCAGGUCUAGGAUUUCAUUCUUUUAACUGUUACAAUACGCUAUGUAAGAUUGUAAGCUCAGUGUCGCCUUCUGAGGGUUAAGGCUAAGUUUUGAGGUUGGCAGUUUAGUUUCUCUGCCUGGAAACAUUCUUUCUUUUUUUUCCUGAAAGCACCGGUGAUUUUAAAAUCGGGUGCUCCUUUUGUACAAAGAUUCCAUAGAAUGUAAUGUUUAUUUGUAUGUCAAGUUCUCUCAAUGGAAUGAAAAUU